AUGGCCGACUCACCAGCCCAAAGCGAAUCGGCGAACGAAUCCGGUGACGAUGGCCAGUUGACCAUCCGAAUACCGAACCCCAAGGUUUUUAUGGCGAGGCAGUCGCAGUGGAAGGGAAGGAGGGGGAAGCCGCGCUGUGACCAUUGCCGGUUGAAUAACCUCAAGUGCGAUCGGGUCUUGCCUACCUGCAACCACUGCUCUUGGGCGGCAGGUCGUGAGUGCAAAUACACCCCGCUUCCUACUCCUGCCCACCGUGGCAUCCCGCGUUGCGACCGUUGUCGUCUGAACAACCUGAAGUGCGACCGAAAUCUUCCCAUAUGUAACCACUGUACAGAGAAUGGCCAACCGGACUGUAAUUACACCCCCAAGAAACGCCACAAAGUCCCGAACGACAAUGGUGCGAUAGGAGCCCGCCCUGUAAUGCCUUACGCGUCUAAAACGGCUGCCUUCCUGGUCAAUGACCACCAAGAUGAAGAAAUGCCUCUGGAUAACGCCGUACCAGGGCCUUCUGCAGGGCCUUCGUAUGAUCUCAAGAAUCUGGCGGAGCCGCGCAUCAGGCAGUACAUGCCUCCGGAUCGCUCGACUUCCGGCGGGACGCCUGCGGAAGAUGACUCAAUGGAUAUUGACCAAGACCGACCAUAUCAACACCGCGCGCCUGACGGUACCUUCUCAUGGCCCGAACAAGGGAUGAUAGUCACGACCCCUCACGUCGAUCCCUGGAUGCACCCGCAUUUCGUGCCGCUCCCCGACGUUGUGCUCCGCGGCCUCCGCAACGUAAACGCCAUCGAGAUGCCUUCCCGGCACCACUUCGAGGACGCGCUCCAGAAGUUCCUCCAGGGCCUGACCCCCGAGCUCCGCGACACGGCGACAUUCCCGCUCGAAAUCUACGCGGACAUGGCGACCGCGGUCGCGAGCGGUCGCGCGAACGAGCUCCCGCCACGCCUGCAGCUCUGGACGGCGUGCCACCACGCGCGCGCCGGGUCCGCGAAGCGCCACCUGCUCCUCCUCCCGCGCGACGCGUUCUACCACAUGGCCCGUGCGGACGAGGAGAAGCUCCGCCGGAACUACGUCGCCCAGGCCGACGGCGAGGACCGCUCCGAGACCGCGCUCCGCCACGCCGCUGAGGCCGGGCUCAGCCCCGCGCAGGCCACCGCCGUGUUCGAGCGCGUGCCGGUCCAGAACCAGAUCUUCGACGUGCUCGUCUACACCCACCGCAACCAUGGCGCGUCCAACACGAUGCUCUUCGAGUCGCGCCGCAUCGGCGUGGCGACCAUCACGUGGCCGAUGGUGGAGAUGUUCAUCCGUCUCUGCCCGCUCUGCAAGCUCCGUGCCCGAGGUGGGCGCACCCCGCCAGCGGAGGAGCAGCCGCUGCCGCAAGCUCAAGUGCAGCAGCCGCAGCCGCAGCCGCCUUCCGUUUCGGCGCCCGUCGCCAUCUACCGUCCAUCGGCGCCCCCGGUGUUGAUUCCGACGUCCGCGUCGGUGGCUAUCCUCAAGCGGUAG